UUUUUCUCUCUCUCUCUCAUUGAAAGCCUACCAUUCACAGAAUGAGCCCUGUACCGAGAUCGACUCCCUUCUGGAUGCGUGCGUGGUUCGUUACCACAUCGCUUAUUGUGCUUUGGGAUGCUGCUUACUGCUUGCUCAGACCUCACAGCAUGGAAGGUGGUAAAUAUUUCGUCUUUUUCUCGCCGUAUAAGCUUUAUGGCACAGUGGAUAAAUUAUACGGCCCCGAGGCUAUUGAAGACAACAAUGGGUUUACCGGUGCUCAAGCUUUCAUGAACUUGAUCGAAAUUUCUCUUGGCCUCUUGUUUGUCCGCAUGGUGGGCAACAAGAACUAUACACAGGGUCAAGCUAACCUGGUGGGCUUUUCCGCUUCCAUUCUCACGCUUGCCAAGACAAUCCUGUACUGGCUUAUGGAAGUCUUCUCUGCUAUGGAACAUACCAAGCACAAUGAUUGGAUGACUUGGAUCUUUUUGUGGGUGAUCCCCAAUGGCAUUUGGCUGGUUGUUCCUUCCAUUAUCUCUUUGAAUUUGGGACGCGAUCUUUUCCAACGUCUGGAACAUGGUAAAACCGAGUAAUGAUACAAGGUGUCUUGUCAUUUCAUUCUUUUAUUUAUGGUGUUGUAUUGAACAAUUCGACCGUAAAGUCAUUGAUCAUUCGAAUAAAUUAAUGAGAGUUUAAUGCUUUAGAGGUACUCCUGUAUUUUUUACUCACUUUUGACCUGAAUUGAUGUAUAAAAGACAUGUUCAUAAAGUGGCGGAUAUAAAAUGAAAAAAAAAGGAAACCACA